AUGGAAAUCUUUGCGCUGCCCAUCUUCUUCAUCACCUUUCGCGAGUCCCUCGAGACCGCCAUCAUCGUCUCGGUCCUCCUGGCCCUGGUCAAGCGAACCCUCGGCGACGGCGGCAGCAGCAGCAGCAGCAGCAACCAAGAUGAAGACGCCCAGCUCCAGCGCCGCAUGAUCCGGCAGGUCUGGCUCGGCACCUUUGCCGGGCUGGCCGUCUGCAUCCUGAUGGGCGUCCUCGUCAUCGCCGGCGCCAACGGCCUGGGCGUCGACGAGUGGGCCGUGGCCGAGGACGUCUGGGAGGGCGUCUUUGCGCUCCUGGCCUCGGUGGUCAUCACCGCCAUGGGCGCCGUGCUGCUGCGCGUGUCGCGCCUGCAGGACAAGUGGCGGGUCAAGCUGCUCAAGGCGUUCCGCGCCUCGUCGGCCGGGCGCGACGAUGACUCUGCUCUCGGCGACGGUGCCGAGUCGCCGAGGACGGUCGAGAGGAAUCGCUUCUUUGAUCGUCUUGCCUUUUUGGGCGAGGAGUAUUCGCUGUUCCUGCUGCCCUUCAUCACGGUCCUGCGCGAGGGGUUCGAGGGCGUCAUCUUUAUCGCUGGCGUCGGGCUCGGGUAUCCCGUCUCGGCUCUCAUCUUUACGGCUGCUGUAGGGCUGCUGGCCGGGGCGGUCUUUGGCUAUGCCAUUUACCAGGGCUCCAACUUUGCAUCAAUGCAAAAGUUCCUCGCCGCGUCCACAUGCUUUCUGUAUCUGGUCGCCGCCGGUCUUUUCUCCAAGGGUGUAUGGCAUCUCGAGGCCAAUGAGAACACCUUGGGUCCAUCGCAGUGGAACAAGAUAGUCGGCGGCGAUGCUGCCGAACUCGGUUCAGGGCCUGGUUCCUACGACAUAACCAAGAGCGUGUGGCAUGUUAAUUGUUGCAACCCAGACUUUGAAGGAGGCGGGCUCUGGGGCGUCUUCAACUCCAUCCUGGGCUGGACCAAUUCAGCUACUGUCGGCUCUGUUGUCUCGUACAACCUCUAUUGGAUCGUCGUCUCCAUUGGCUUCCUUGCCAUGGCACACAAAGAAAAGACGGGUCACUACCCUUUCCUGAAUAGGGCUAGCAAGAUCACGAAGAGCAUCUUGGAUGGGGACCGUCAACCCCUUCUCUCGAAUUCUCGGACAGCCUAG